CGAUGGAAGUUAACGAUGGAGAUCUCGAGAAACUCUUGAUGCCACUAUCGAACGAAUCUGAAUUUUCCAUAACCGCCGGCAAUCCCUCGGAACUAGGAUUGUUCAUUUCGAAUGAAUCGAGUUCGGCGUUUUGUCACUUUAUUAACAGUUUUUAAUUAAAUACCUACAUAAACCUACGACGAAAACUCGCCCAACUACUAUCAAUUCGCCUUAUCACUACAAUUGUUUAUUAGCAUUUAGCUGAUAAUAAUGUUAUUGUUGUUAGUAUGAUAACCGCCAUAGAUAACGUUAUCGAGAAUUUGAUUGUUGAUGAGCAAUAAGCAAUUAUUAUUUUUUGUCAAUUUACAACGAUCAACCGGCAAAGACCUAUUAAGACUUAAAGAGUAUGUAAGAAAUGGUUAGCGUAAAGAUAUUGAUACUGGGGUUCGUUGCUCAGUUGUCAUUAUUAAUUUCGAUAUUCGACAUCUACUUCAAAUCUCCCAUUAUAAGUGGUAUUCCUGAUCAAAAAGUUCAGUUCGAGCCACCCGCUGAUCGUUUAGUACUGUUUGUGGCCGAUGGACUGCGCGCUGACAUAUUCUAUGAUCAUGUAAAUCAUGGAAGCAGCACAUUGUUCAAGAACAUAAUCGACUCCGCGGCAUCUUAUGGUAUAUGCCAUACUAGAGUACCCACUGAAUCCCGUCCCGGACACAUUGCCCUUAUUGCAGGGUUUUACGAGGAUCCAUCAGCCAUUUUUAAAGGUUGGAAAGAUAAUGUUGUUGACUUUGAUUCCGUGUUUAACAAGAGUGCUCUAACCCUUUCAUGGGGAAGUCCCGAUAUUAUUAACAUUUUUAAAAAAGGAAAUGUCGCAGGAAAUGUACACGUGCAUUCAUAUCAGUCUGACUUACAAGAUUUUACUGGAAAAAAUGGUUCUAGUGCGCUGUUGUCUGAAUGGGUUUUCGAUAAGAUAAAAUCAUUCAUAGAAUACUCAAAAAUUGAUGCUUCUAUUCAAACUAUGCUAGCUACAAAAAAAUUAAUUUUUUUCUUACAUUUGUUGGGUACAGAUGUUUCAGGACAUAUUGACAAACCACAUUCAAAAGAAUAUUUAGACAAUUUGGUGGUAAUCGAAAACGGCGUUAAAGAAACUGUUGAACUACUGGAAUCUUUCUACAACGAUAAUCGUACAGCAUACAUUUUUACAUCCGAUCACGGAAUGACUGAUUGGGGUUCACAUGGAGAUGGUUUACCUAGCGAAACUGAAGUGCCGAUUAUUACUUGGGGAGCGGGAUUAUCUGGUGCCAAAAAACAGACAGACUCUUUACCGCUGGAUGUUAGGCAAGCUGAUGUCGCCCCUCUUAUGUCAACAUUGAUUGGUGUUCCUAUACCUGUAAAUUCAGUGGGUAUUUUACCACUUAAUUUGUUCUCGUCCAACACCAUUAAAAAGGCUAAAUAUUUAUUGGCAAACGCUCUCCAGCUGAAUGCCGCAUUUUCAACGUUACGUGAACAAAUUGAAAUCCAUACGUUUCGACAGUUUUAUGUUCCUUUUGAACCUCUUGGCCCAAAUGUACAAACCGAGUUUGUUCAGAAAACCAAACAGCUUGUGAUCGAAUCUAAAGUUGACAAAUGUAUAGAAUUGUGUUAUGAUUGGAUACAUUUGAGUCUAAAUGGAAUCGACUAUUACAAUACAUAUUACAAGUGGCCACUUUUGUUGUGUGUUACUUUUAUUGGCAUUGGAUGGAUAAUUUUGCUCAUACUAGAAACUAUGAAAAUAACAACAUGCAAUGAGAUAAAUCGGAGAACAAAAAACAUAAUCAAUGCAAUAUUUUGUACGGCUACUAUUUCGUGUUCAGUUUUUAUUUAUGCUCAAGCACUACCACUGCAAUUUCACUUUUAUACCAUAAUACUAUCAGUGAUAUGGUGGGUUUGCAUUUCUCAAAUUCUACAAAGACUUAACUACGCAAACAUUUCCGAGAUAAUUUUAAACUUAAACAAGGCGGAUGUUUUUGAAAUUUUGUUCUACUUUGUUGGCAUUGAAUUAUUGGUUUGGACCUUUUUUGAACGACACUUAUUAAGCUUAGCUUUAAUCAUAUUGUGCUUGUGGAUGACUUAUAGUUCAAUAAAAUAUGGAUUUCCUAUCAAUAAAGCAAUUAUUGUUUUUAUCUCGUCGGCGUGGUUUUCAAUUUGUCCUUUGACUUUGGUUAUUGACGGCCAAACAGAUAUCAAAUAUGUUGUAAUAGGCGGAGUCGUUUGGCUGCUAGCCGGGAUAAUGCAUUUAAAAAACCAAAGUGGGAUACGUAAAACAUAUUCUUUUGUGCAAGUUGUAUUAUUAGCAUUGGCGAUUGUCAACGUUAUGUUUGUGUCGAAUAGUAUAGAAAACAAAUUGGGCUUAUCAACAUUGAAUAAGAUUUUAUCUUGGUCGAUUUCAAUAACGUCUAUGUGUGUAUUUAAAAAAACACAAGAUAUGAUAUCGAAUGUUACUUCCUUGUUUUUGUCUAUAAGUGCAGUUUACGUACAAUUAUCGCUCAAUAUGGAAGUUAUUUUUAUGCUGGUGCUAACAAUAACUUUAGCGUGUUGGAGGAAGAUAGCGAUUCAGUCGGAACAGUCAUCAGACUCUCUACGGACUCAAUGGAGACAUGCGUUUUAUUUUUUAUUGUUCAGCUUUGGAUCUUUUUUCGGCAUGGGAAAUAUAGCUUCGAUAAAUUCCUUUGAUCCGUCUGUCGGACAGUGUUUUGUUUCGGUGUUUUCGCCGUUUACCACUUUUGGACUAGUACUGUUCAAAAUACUUACACCGAUUUUAUUAACAUGCUGCACGUUCUAUGUCACGAGCGUUAAACUAGAGAUACCGCCUGCCAAUGUGUUCUCGUUAAUGUUGGCCAUGUCAAAUAUAAUGGGUCUACAUUUUUUGUACUUCAUUAAAAAUACUGGAAGCUGGCUAGAUAUCGGAAUGUCUAUAUCACAUUUUGUUAUUGUUCAGUCGUUAGCUCUUUUUUUAUCGUUAUUGUACGGACUAGCUGGAUUGUUAAUAGGAGUGGAUGGCACUCGUUUUAAACAACUACAGGGUAAUACUCUGCAGUUGAUACCAAUGGUAAAUAAAAAUCACUGUGAGUAAUUAUUACAAAUGAGACUUUUAUUACAUUUUUCUUGUUAAAUAUCUAUUAUUUUUGUAAAUACAAUAUAUUUGUGUACAUUAUGACUUUUAUAGUUUACCGUUAUUAAUGAUCUCAUUAAUUAUGGCAUUGAAAAUGUAUUUUAUGUACAAUAUAUAUAUAUAAAUGUUAUUUAUUAUCAUA